GACCGCACAUGUUUACAGGCAGCAUUCCGCCGGUAGAGUCCCCGCUCGGUAUGAGGUGACGGCGGACUGGAUGCGGCAGUAGUUGGAACCGGAGCCGGUUAACGGUCAAAUUUCAGUCUUUUGUAACACAUACGGCGAGGUGUCGGGGUACAGAGCCGUGUGGGGCGGAAAAAUUCGACGUGCUGGCUCCCGUGCUUCUAUGCUCAAGCUGUUUGCCUUGUAUUAGCCACCAUUUUUACUUAAUCGUGUACCAGUGUCGUCUCGGCUCACGACUACGGCGAUUAGUCCGCGUUUUCCCGCCGCCCCCUCAGCUCGCAGGGAGCAGAGAGGAAAACAAACAGGUCGAACGGAGGAAGAUUGGUAGCCGGUUGGAUGUAGAGGUUGUUUAGCGGCGAAUGAAUCGUAGUCGUCGGCUACUAAUUCAGAGCUGGUCGGUUUCUUGUUUCUUUUUUUACGGGGUGCUUGUGCGCGGUGCAUUCCGGACGCUGUUUGGAGUUUCCCCCUCCUCCGAGUAUGUUGCCCCUUUCUAACAUUUUGUCAGGGCUGUUGGAGCGCGUAGUCUACCCGCUGCAGUUUUGUAUUUUUCACGACGCUGUUUACCGGCUAUAAUUCGACGGUUAAUGAUUUAAUUUUACCGGCUCGCCGGCUUUGAAUACAGUGAAACAGUUUUUAGAGAUGCACACGAGGCGCCUGGUGAAGCGCUCGGUCCUCGGCAGCCGCGUUUAUGCGCCGAGUCCGACGGGGGACGGUGCCCCGGUGACAGGAGUGGUCCAGGCUGUCAAGCAGGAAAACAGAGACUUGUCGGUCGCGGGAGCCCGGCGAAGCGUCUACACCGUGCUCAUGCAAGACGGGAGCCUCAAGGAGUUCUCCGAGGAGGAGAUAGCCUCGGGCUUCAACCACACCGCAGCCAAAGGACCACUCAAGUCCAGCCUGAAGCAGAGCUCCAGUAACGGAGCUCCAGAUGGCCAGAAGGUGGAGGGCGGCUGUCUGAGCCCAGAGCCAGCGGAGGAGCAGCGUUCAACGGACGGAAAACGUGUUAGCCGGGACUCUGACACCCGAUCGGUGUCCCUGCUGGAGCAGAAACGCAAAGUAGUCUCCUCCAGCAUUGACGUCCCCCACGCCAGGCGGUCGGAGGAGGAAGUGGAUAUGGACAAAGUGACGGCCGCUAUGGUGCUGACGAGCCUCUCUACCAGCCCGCUGGUGAGGAGCCCACCUGUGAGAGUCAGUGAGGGUCUGAGUGGAUCGUGGAAAGACAACGGCUCGGCCGGACCCUUCACCCCAUCGAGCAACAGCUCCUCGGGGGGCUACUGGAGCUGGUCUGCUCCGAGCGAUCAGUCCAACCCUUCCACACCAUCCCCACCGCUCUCUGCAGACAGCUUCAAGCCCUUCCGUGUACCCAGCCUGGGAGGGGUGGGGCCUGGCCCCGCAGGACCUGAAGACCCCAUUCUGGAUGAGCAGGACGGGAGCAGCCUGCUCUUUGAUGAGCCCAUCCCUCGCAAGCGCAAGAACUCCAUGAAGGUGAUGUUCAAGUGCCUGUGGAAGAACUGUGGCAAGGUGCUGAGUACUGCCGCUGGCAUUCAGAGACACAUCCGCACCAUCCACCUGGGUCGUAACUGUGACUCAGACCUCAGCGACGGUGAGGAGGACUUCUACUACACGGAGAUUAAGCUGAACACGGACUCGGUGGCCGACGGGCUGAGCAGCCUGUCCCCAGCUUCGCCCUCUGUCUUGUCUCCCCCGCCUCCUCCCCCGUCUCCUCUCCCCUCGGUCAGCCAGCUGCCAGACUCCCAUAAACCGACUCAGUCCUCUGACACCAAGGAGCCCCACGCCGGCGGCACCACGCCGCUCAGCCGCUCUGCACCCAGCGCUCUCUACCUCAUCCACACGGACCAUGCCUACCAGGCCACGGCUCCAGUGUCCAUCCCGUCCAGCAGCAGCAACAACUCGGCCGGCUCGGCGUCCACUAGCUUCACUCCCACCAACAGCUCCAGUUUCAGCAUCUCUUGGCAGUCGCCACCCGUCACUUUCACCGGGACCACGGUGUCUCCCAGUAAAAGCCAAGGAUUCGGUGACCAACGUUCCCAGACCAUUGCAGUGCUUUCGUCCCCUCCCAGAGCCACCGCUGCCCUCAGUCGGAAGGUGCGUGGCGAGGGGAAGAAGUGCCGUAAGGUGUACGGGAUGGAGAACCGCGACAUGUGGUGCACCGCGUGCCGCUGGAAGAAGGCCUGCCAGAGAUUCACUGACUGAUCGUCCCCUGCAGCUCGCCACACAAACAAGCCAUGCAGUUUUCCAGCUGAGGAAAACAAGGGGGAAAGGGGGGGGCGUCAUCCUGCAUGCAUUCGGUUUUCUUCAGAUCAACAUCGCAACUGUCUGUCAAGCUAUGGCCCCGCCCUCGUUCUCCGGCUCCGUCCCACACCCCACCCAACCUCAUCAGCUCCACUGAACCAUUCCAGCUGUGGAAGCAACCGCAGGACGGCAGAGUCACCUUUCACAUCGCCGUCCGGGAUUCCCAGCGUGGGCUCGCCAUUCCCUUCUUUCCCAGUUUUUGGGAAAACCUCGGUGCAGCUAAACAGUGUAAAGAAAAAAAAAGAUUUCUGCAGUUUUUUUUGUUUUCUUUUUUCUAUGUUGGGUUCAGUGUUGCAUCUUUCUAUGUUUUGUACAGCUCUGGUUUUUAAAUGAAAGUCUUGUCAAAGAAGGGGGUCGAGAAAAAGGCCAAAUGAUUUUUUUUUUUUUUAAGUGUGUGUUUUCUCAAAAGAUUAGAGUAAAAAACACUUUUAUAUCCAAAAGAAGAAGGGAACUCUCUGAAGUCCGUUUGAAGAAAGCUAUGAAAAAGCACGUGGAGGUAAAGCUCGCAGUUUUUGUUCUUCCUUCGACUUGUUCGUCCCUUUGUAUCCAAUUCUGGACUUUGAGGUGAUCUUUUACCCCGGUUCCUCACGCCUCCCGGACAGCCCCGAGGGAAUGCAUGCGUGGCAUAGCCGGGAAGAGGUGGUGGACGGUCGGAAAGGAGGAGGAAGAGACACACACACGUACACAAACACACACGAGAUGAAUGACCAAUGCAAAAAAAAAAAAGAACAAAUAAAGCAGAAGAUCCAACUUCCAGUCAGGGAAAGCAGAUGGACCAUACGAGUGAUCUACACACAAACACGGUUUCUUCUCACACAAUCAAAAGCAGAUCACGUCGACUUGUAUUCGUUGUUUCUUUGCUUUACCAGGGAUGUGAUUCUGAAGAGAGCAAAACAAACCAGCAGCUUAAAGUGUAUGCAGCACUAUCUCAACAGCUUCUAUCUUUCAUGACAACUUUGCAACCAAAAACUCCAAAAACUUUAUCCUGUCCUUCACGUUUUGUUUUGGGUUUUUUUUGGUUAAGGUGCCAUGUUUAGUGUAGUCGGUGUCAUUUAUUUCUUUUUCUUUUUUUUGGUGAAACUAAGACUGUUUACCUACCUGCUACUACAAUGUGUGUUAAAGACCCUCCUCAUAGCACUGGAAGUCAGCAGCAUGCGACGCCAUUAAACGUUCAAAGCAAUCGUCCUCCUGCACCAACUUUUACUCCAACAAAUUAAGUUUGUUUACAUCCGCCACAAAGGCGCCUCCUGAUGACCUGAUAUCCAAAAGAAGGGCGGGUUGAAAACCCAAAGUGAGAUACUUUUUGUGUAACACAGUUCCUUUGUGGUCCCUCUUAAAAGCUGGAAGUGUUUCCGCGUCAUCUCCUGACUGGACGUUACAGAAAGAGUAAUAAUAUUUGUCCGCCCGCCUGAGGCUGCUCCCCCUUAAAUUCUCUGCAGCAAGCUUUUGUUUUCAUUUUUGGGAGAGCAAAGCGGCACCUAAUUAAGUCACUCCUUUGGCGUUUAACUUAAUUCACUCGGAACGCAAAGCUUUGGCUCACAAGAGUCUGUGUGAUUGGCUACUGAGGUGAAAGGAGGUUGAAAAGCCUCCUUUCUUCCGCCUCAGAGCCAGGAAGUAGAAUCACGAGGCCCGAGCGUUUACAAACGCAGACCAACUCUUUCCAUCUGCUUUCUAAGAUCGUCCUGAAAGCCUCGACCUUUUUUGGGAGGGUUUCUGUCAAACACACUCUCUCACACGCACACCCGCGCACAAACAGGCUUCAUCAGAGUUUCUAAAAACCAACACCAGCUGAUAAACUCACACACGCUCGUCCAGUUUAAGCGCCUGAAAGUCGUGGCGCUCUCUUACGUUUGAUCAGCUGUUUCUAGUUUGUUCCUGUAUUCUGUAUAUAUUUGUUUUCCUUUUACGCUCCUUUUUUGUUUUAAUGACCGCCGACCUCUGUCAUCACAAAUGCCACCUUAUGAACGAGCCGUGCUGUAGGCGCAGCCUUCAAGUCACUCUUUGAAAGGCCAUUGUGCUUGUUACAGUGAGGUUUUGUGAACAUGUUAUUGUUUAAGUCAAAUCUAUUGUCUGGAAAGAAACAGUUGCAUUCAAAGCUGAAAAAAUGAAACUAAUUAGUUUUUUUAAUUUUCAUACAUAUGAAUAUACACAUCCAUAUAUAUAUAUAUAUAUGUAUAUGAAGUGUUUAUAAUUUUUGUUUUCAUGUUCUGCUGAGGGAGACUCUUAUGUGGUGUCAUCGGCUUCAUAAACUAAGCUCAUUAGGCUCUUUUGAGUGCGUGUGACCCUCACGUUCCCGCCUGGAGCUCCUUCACCUUAACGCUCUCCACUGCCGGCGCUGGGUCAAAAACUGCAGUUGAUUAAAACCUUUAUCAUAUUUCCAAUUCUGCCACUCCGCCACCCCCAUCGUUCCCCGCCCGUGUCACGCAGGCCCGCCUGCAAUUAGUUUGAUUGACACCUCAGUGUGUUUGCGCUCGCUGGCUCUUGUGUGUGAACUCUGAAGGAGCCCCGGGCAAAGCGCGUGUGUGUGUGUGUGGGGGGGGGGAGGCUGCUGCUGAAGCUCGGUGCUCCUGCACUCCCCUGAAGCGUCUAACGGCCCGUGGCGUUUCUCUGUCUCGUCCACUCCUGAUUUGCCCGCACUGGGGUUUAAGGAUGUUUUAGUUGAGGCUGAAUGGGGCUUCUCCGUCUCAGCAUCUGGAUCGUUUUCCUCCACUGAUGUUUAAAAUAUAUUUAUAUAUAUUUGGCAGCCAAUCAGAUUCAGUCAGGGUCCUGUCCAGAAACGAGUCCCUUCAGUUCAUUCAGAGCACUGGAUAAUUACAGUGGCAGCAUUUCCAGGCAGCUAGUUUUUCCUCUCUCUGCGUUGUCGAGCCGAUCUCACGGUUGACAAUAAGAUUUGGCCAAAAUAAGCUCAUCUCACUCCCUCGCUUAGAGGUGAUCCAAAAAAAUUACCUCAAAGAUAUAUUUGCUGCCAUAUUUCUGAAACCCGUCCAUGUCCUCUUGGAUCGUGGGGAAGCUCGAUGGGAUUUGUUUUGUGGACCGUGGCCCGAUCUGAGAACAUCUCGAUGGCCCAAAGAUGGCCUCGUCGUGACGGUGCUUUCAGAGACACUCUGCCAGGGUUUGUCUUUGCAUGCUGUACGUCCUGGUGCCCUCGGUGGAGGGAGAAACAGAGGUGCUAAACACUCAACGCAGUGCUGUUUCUCCAUUAACGCCAUUUUGUAAACAUUGUUUUGCUGUAGAACAUGAAAAUAAAAUAAAAAACCCACCCAAAAAACAAACAAACA